AUGCGCUGGUGUCGCAUACGUUUCGUUCUUCUAGGCCUGCUGCUGUGUGUGGUCGAUGUAGUCAGUGGAACGUGUGGUCAGCGGUUUACUGACCCACCAUCUAGUGCCCUGCUUUCCGAUGUUGUUAUUGAAGGCAAGGUUAGGAAAACGCCGGAGUCCCAACCAGGCCAAAUCUACAACAUCACAGUUGCUAUCAGAAAGAAGAUUCUGAAAGGAGCGCAGCUUGUCGGAAAUGGCAGCCCUUCUAAAAAGAUCACAAUUGCGAGGUUCAGAAAUGGAGGUCGAGACUCGACCAAUUGUGUAGGCAGUGUCCAGCAAGGCAGGACGUAUUUCUUCUUUCUAAAGGAUAUCUCUGACCCUAAAGGAUUACACUUUGAAAUUAUGGCCAUGCCAGUCAAGAAAUCUAAAAACAUGGCAACAGAGCUGCGGAAAGUUUUAUGCGAAAAUUGUGGUAA